AUGAGAAACAAAGUUGAAGCCAUAAAUGAAGCAUUAAAUGAAACAUACCUAGUAUAUAGAGAAACAAUAAACUACUUUAUUGUAACAAAGCAACUUUCAUCAAUGAUCGACGAAACGUCACGUACACAACGAGAAAUAAUUAAUCUAUUGAUAGACAUAAACCACAACAAAAUAAAUCCUACCUUACUGAAACCACAUCAGUUACAAAACGCGAUUAUGCAAAUAAAAGACAGGCUAACAAAUAACGUGCAACUACCAGGAAAAAAAGGCGGAAUUGAUUUACAAAUCAUAUACAAAUUACUAGAAGCCAAUGGGAUAUUCGUUAGUACCAAAUUAAUAAUAAGUGCAAAAAUUCCGCUAUUAUCAAUACACCCAUCAUCAGUGUAUGAGGUAAUACCUCUAUCAAUUAAGAAGGGUGAUACAAUGAUAAUACCAAAGAUAUCAAAAACGAUAUUAUUAUAUAAUUUCGACAUAGACUCUUAUCACCUAAUGACUCAAACAACCUUUAACAAAUGUAUUAGAAUAAGUACAAACAAAUACAUUUGCAAAGGUAAUUGGCCGUGGCAGGACGCUAAUGACUCAGCGUGUGAAAUAGCGCCGAUCAAACCAACAAAAGAGGACAAAUGCGAAUACGACGAAGUAUCCUCCACAUCAAUAUGGAUAACAUUAAAUGGCAACAACAGAUGGUUAUUCAAAACAAUCGAAAAUAGCUCAGCUCAUUUACAAUGCCCAUCAAAUAAAAAUGAAAUUCUCCAGUUACCCAAACAAGGGAUUUUAAAUCUGCAAACAGGCUGUAAAGCAAGAAUAAAAGGAACAACGCUAAUAGCCUCAAAUGAUCAACAGACGACAAAGAGAUGUACAGACCAAUGA